AUGAUUGGUCUGACUAGUCUAACUAUCAAGAGAACAUUGGCUACCAAUGCCAUCUUUUCUUCAACAAAUGCUAAUAAGUUGCUCCAAACUGCACUCACUACAAAAGACCCCAUUACUACUUGGACUCGAGAAGAUGUGUCUUCAUUAUUUAGUUUACCGUUGAAUGAUUUAUUAUUCUACUCGCAAGUCCAGCACCGUCAGCAUCACAACCCCUCCGAAAUUCAACUAUGUACUUUGCUAUCUAUCAAAACAGGGGGCUGUACGGAAGACUGUAAGUACUGCUCCCAAUCAAGCCACAACGAUACUGGCUUAAAGGCAACGAAGUUGUUAGACCUGGAUACCGUUUUUGAGAAGGCAAAAAUUGCGAAGGCUAACAACUCUACCAGGUUCUGUAUGGGAUCAGCUUGGAGGGAGAUGAAAGGUAGGAAAUCUGCCUUAAAGAAAAUUGGUGAUAUGGUUAAAAAGAUCAAUGAUGAGUUAGGCAUGGAAACUUGUGUUACAUUAGGUAUGAUUAAUGAUGAGCAGAUCAAAGAAUUAAAAGACAGUGGUCUAACUGCUUAUAAUCAUAACAUUGACACGUCGAGAAGCCAUUAUAAAAAUGUCAUCUCAACUAGAUCUUAUGAUGAUAGAUUGAGAACUAUCAAAUCUGUUAACGACGCUGGUGUCAAAGUCUGUUCUGGUGGUAUUUUAGGUAUGGGUGAGACAGUCGAUGAUCAUAUUGAUUUCUUACACACUCUUUCAACAAUGGAAAAGCAUCCUGAAUCAUUGCCAAUUAACAAAUUGAUUGCAAUUAAGGGAACUCCAAUUGAAGAAGAGUUGAAAACCAAAUACAAGGAAAGGAAAUUGAGCUUAGAUAAUAUCCUACGUGUUAUUUGUACCGCCAGAUUAUUAAUGCCUAAAUCAAUCAUUCGUUUGGCUGCUGGUAGAUAUACAAUGAAAGAACACGAACAGUUACUUUGUUUUUCAGCUGGUGUGAAUGCUAUUUUCACUGGUGAAAAGAUGCUAACCACCAUGUGUACAGGUUGGGACGAAGAUAUUGCAAUGUUGAAAAAGUGGGGGUAUGUCCCAAUGGAAGCUUUCAAGAAAACUGAUCCAAAGACCGAUUUAAACGUCAUCUACAAUGACACUAAAAUCACAUUACUUCAAAAAGCUGAAGAAGAAAAGGAGAAAACAUUAGCCAUUUGA